CCGCCUUCUCUAUACAGAACUGCACUGUAAACAAAACAAUAAAGUUUAUCUAAAACUCAUAACAAAUUUAUAUUCAAAAUAAACUGGAUUAAAGGGGAUUAAUGGCAGCAGAGACGACUCUAAGAGAAUUGUUGAUGUUGCUGGGUGAGAUGGGAUUCAGUGAGGAUCAGAUUCGAGCAGCUCUAAAUGCCGGCUGUUUUUCACCAUCAGAAGCUGCUGAAUGGAUUCUACAGUACGGUGGGAUGAGACACACACUGCUGAAACACACUGAACCGGACACUAAUGCUUUUGCGGCGUUUAAUCCUCCUAAACACCCUGCAGGACCCCCGGCUGAGACUGCAGUUUCUGCAGUAGAACGUGAACCAAUAAAAUCUCGCCUUCAACACAAUGAUGGAUUUAUUAUUCAGCAGAGAGAGAGAGACGCCCAGCUCGCUCGAGCACACAGGUUACAGCAUCAGCAGGAGAAAGAGUUGAUCCUAAAAAGAAUAGCAGACGACCGUCAAGCUCAGCAGGAGAAACACACCAGCAGCUCCAGCACUUCAUCUACCAGCACCGAAUCAAAGAAACACGAAGAACCUGUCAGCAGUAAUACCACUGUACUGAUGGUCCGUCUCCCCUCAGGUGAAUCUCUGCGUGUGUGUUUUCCGAGCAAUGCCCUGCUGAGUGAUGUGGUUGAUCAUGUGACCAGUCUCCGCCCGUCUCUCCCCGCGUUUUCACUGCUUCAUGGCUUCCCGCGGCGGAGUUUCAGUGAGAGAGAGUUGUGCGAUUCUUUGUUCUCUUUAGGACUCUCACCCAAUGCAGCUUUGGUCCUGCAGAUACGAACCCCCCCUGCUGAUAGUAACACUGACCCUGUCCACACCGACCCCCCUGUACAGAACAGUGCAGUGGAGUUAAACCCCCCGGCAGCGUCACCACUGUUUCCACAGCAGCACCGAGAUGAGGCGGCAGCAGAGGAGGCGAUCAUAGAUCCACCUGCUGAAUCUCCUCAUGUUUGGGGACGUGGACACAGACUGAUACCUGAAGAUGAAGAGGAUGAAGAGCAAGCAGUGCUGGUUCCUCCCUUUCCAUUAUUUAAUGAGAUGAGAGACGAAAAUCAACAUCACUGGCCCGACCAUGGAAACCGACUCAGGGGGGAUGAGGAUCCAGUAGGGGGUGCACGUUUACCUGGUGAUGCAGCACUGCAGCGAUUACAAAGAGUUGAUCUUCAUCCUUCUCCUCCUCAUCGCUCUGAUCCUCUUCCCCAACACAGCAAAACCUACAGAGUCCCUAAACUUGUUACCAUGGCAACCAGUGCUGCCGUCUUCCUGAUUACUGCUCCCUGUAAGCAGUACGUCAGCAGUUUUUCGGGUUUGACCCCUGAACUAGCUGAGCGACUGUUGGAUCACUUGAUUUCGGAGCGCGUGUUGAGUGCGCGGACUCUUCAGCUGUUUGUGGGCUGUUCCAUCAGGAAGCUAAUGCUAAACAGCUACCCAUACACCACCAACACCCUGCUGCAGCAGCUCGCAUCAUUCACCCACCUGACCCACCUGAACCUGGCUAACUCUGCUCUUAUCACAGAUAAAGGACUAUCAGUACUGAGUAUGUUAGUAAAGCUGCAGUAUCUGAAUCUGUCAUUCUGCUCUAAACUCACUGGUUCCUGUUUACACCCAAUGACACAUCUCAAGUGUCUGAGUGGACUGCUGAUGGACGGCACUAAAUUAGAUGAUGAUGGGUUGCUGAUGUACCUGCACUCGAGUCCUCCUGCCCUCUCUCACCUGAGUUUAAACCACACCUCCAUUACUGAGGUCACGCUGUCUGCACUGAGCGUGUGUGUACCUCACCUCCGCCUCCUCAGUAUCACACACACUCAGGUGUGUGAUGUAUCAGCAUUAGUGAAUGUACGAGAGUUACACACUCUUCAUUUGGACUUCACCCGGGUUCCAGCUGAAUCACUGCAGUUUCUCUCCCGUCACCCCAAUCUCUCAUCACUCAGUCUUCUUGGACUUCCUGUUACUUACCAUGCCCUGCACAGACUCUCAGGUCUGAAGCUGACUCGGUUAACUCUUCCUGGUCCACAGUCAGUGUCUGAUGCCGGACUUUCAUUUCUGUCCUCACACACUCAUCUCAGUGAAGUGGAUUUGAGUAACUACACACACAUCACUGACCACGGCAUCGCCCACCUCACCCACCUCACCAGAUUAAAGAAGCUGUCCCUCAGUAACACUGGUAUCAGUGAUGAUGGAUUAUCAGCGCUGUUCUCACUUACUCAGCUCAGUGACCUCUGUUUAAACAGAACUGCUGUAACCAGCCGAGGAGUCGCACAACUCAUCACACACACACCUUAUAUACAGGUGUUGGGUUUAUCUUGUACUCAGGUUGGAGAUUCAGUUCUGAAACCCUUUAUUCGCUGCACUGAACUGAUCAAACUGAACCUGAGCAAAACUCGCAUCACUGACCGCGGUUUGAAGUUUUUAUACGGAUCGAAUCUUACUCAGGUGAAUCUGGACGGCACAGGUGUCACUGCGGGGGGUGUGGCCAAUCUAAUUUCUGCCUCCCCCUGCCUUAUUAUUAUUCGAGCCAAUCAGACACAGCCACUCCCACCUGAACUGCAGAGUGAUGAUGAUGAUGAUAAUCAGAUGCUUCACUGAGACUCAGUACCUAGUGUUUACAUGUUAAACUCAGAUCUGAUUUUUGUCUGAUUCCUGGGGGGUGUAGAUCUGAGCCCACUCACUCUAACCACCAAAUAUGAAAAAAAAAAAAAACUGUUUCCCCACAAACUUCCAUGUCAUAACUGCAGCUUUUACUGACUAAAUGUUUUCCUUUUAUUAAUCACAUCAGUAUUUUUGUACAAUCACCAAUCAGUAAAAUCUGGGACUGACUGGUGCUCCAAGAUCAUUUUUACUCUGUGUACUUAACAUAAUCACUGCCUGCCGAACACUUACCUACAGUACCCCUGAUGCAGAGGAGGGGUGCAAGCUAGCACACGCCUUCUCCUGACGCAUCUUUACACUGGCUAGUGUUGGAGAGUCUCAGCACAUACAGAGGAUGACUAAUUCAGUAUUUAACACCAGUAGGAGUCACUGUUGCAGAGGCUUAUACCACAUUCAGCCUUUCUUUCCUAGACAUGUUCCUGUUGAGCAUCCGGCCAGGCCAGUAGCACAGCUGAGACUCAAACUCAUUUAAUGGUAACUGUUGAGAGCUGUUUUUAGUUUUAUUAAACAUAUUAUAUAAUUAUAUAUAAUAUACGAUUGGUAAAUGACAGGAAAAAAACAACAUAAAGAAUUUUUAACAUUUUUAUUUCACUGAUUUACCAGAAGAUUGUAAUUAUAGACUGAACAUCAUGAAUGUAUAAAUGAGGGAAUUGUUUCAUUUUUCUUGAUAAAGUAAAACACUGUUUUUAUCUGCUGCAAACAGAAAGAAAUACAAUGUUAUUUUAAUGUUAAAUAUUUUAUUAAUCAUUAUUGAUUGCUGUAGUUUGAUGAGUGUGCAUUUAAAAAUAAAAUCCAUGGAUUAU